AUUUUCUGCUGAGCAGGAAAAUUCUCAGUAAUUAAAGGUUGAUCAAAUUAAGAUCCUACAUUUGUAUGUGCCAUUAGGAAACAUUAACCACAGUAACUGCUCUUGGUGUACUGUAUAUCCCCACACCCUCCUUCCUACCAUCAUGAUUAUUGCCCUAAUCAUAAACGGAAUGAUGCAAGCCAUUCAAUUAUAUUAGAUUCAUUAUAUUACCUCAAUCAGAUUGCAUUCAAUCUCUAACAGAGGUAUUUAGUGCAGUGAAACUAUGUGAAUAGUGGGAGUAGAGGGUCAACCAUGUCUUGUUUAUGAUCAGCAAUACAAAAGGAUAGAGAGAAGUUAAUGGGAGUCAAUGGGUGUUUUUCUCUGUCCUCUCUGCCUCCCUGUAGAUUAGAUGCUGUUGUAUUGCUCAGCUAUUGAUUAGAUUAGGCAGGCUAUGGAGGCCACAGAAUACUGGCUACAAACACACACACCUAAUGACAUCAUCACCACCCUGUCAAAUCUGCCAAUAUGUCUCACAAACAGAGAAUAUCUAUCUCUCCCAUAUCUCUCCAACCCUGUGAUAAGUGAGGGAAAUAAGGACAGAUAAAAGAAAGAAAGAGAUAAGUAAUGUGCAACUAGGUGAGAUGCCUUCGUCAAGGCCCACCCACUUUCGUUGUAGGUGACCAAUCAAAUGGCAGGGACCUUAGGUUACCUUCUGCACUCCGAAAGGUGGAAGAACUGUAUGUGACAGAAGAAGGUGAAGAAGAAGAAGGUGAAGAAGAAGAAGAAGGUGAAGAAGAAGAAAUAGACAGAAAGUGAUAGUGAAAGAAAUUGGAACAAAUAAACAGAGACAGAGAGAAAGACGGGCAGAGAAAAAGAGAGAGGGAGAAGAGCCAGUAAAAGGAUAGAGUGAGAGAGAGAGAGAGAGAGACGGUGACAGAGGGAAAGAAAGUGAAGGAUGAAGUAUCCAUCUGCGUCAGUGAGUAACUCCCUGUUGGACAUGGAUGUAGCCAACUACAGUGAGGGACUGGACCCAACGUACAGCACCCUGGGCUUCGAUCAUGCUGACGUCCUCUAUGGUGGGGGAGACAGUAUGCCAGCGGAGCCGGGCCUGUCCCAGGCAGAUGUUGGGAACUCUAACUGUGCCAUAUGUGGAGACAAGGCUACAGGGAAACACUAUGGAGCCUCCAGCUGUGAUGGAUGUAAAGGCUUCUUCAGACGCUCCAUACGCAAGAACCACAUCUACUCCUGCAGGUUUAACCGUCAGUGUGUGGUGGACAAGGACAAGAGGAACCAGUGUCGGUUCUGCAGGCUCCACAAGUGUUUCAGAGCUGGCAUGAAGAAAGAAGCGGUUCAGAAUGAGAGAGAUCGUAUCAGCUCCAGAAGAAACAUUCAGGACAGUCAGGAUCUCCCACCUAUCACUGUUCUGGCCCAGGCAGAGUCACUGUCUCAACAGAUCAGUGUGUCCAGUCCCAGGGGUGCAGUAGAUGUGUCAGAACAGAAGUCAGCUGGUGUGGGUGAUGUCUGUGACUCCAUGAGACAACAGCUGCUAGUGCUGGUGGAAUGGGCCAAAUACAUCCCUGCCUUCGGUGAGCUGCCCCUGGAUGACCAGGUGAGUCUGCUCAGGGCUCAUGCAGGGGAACACCUUCUACUAGGGGUCGCCAAGAGGUCAAUGCCUUAUAAGGACAUCCUGCUUCUUGGUAAUGGGUGUGUGAUCCAUGGUAGCAGUGCGGAGCCGGACAUCGGUCGUGUAGCUAACCGUGUUCUAGAUGAGCUGGUCCUGCCCUUCCAGGACAUCCAGAUAGAUGACAAUGAGUAUGCUGCUCUCAAGGCCAUUGUCUUCUUUGACCCUGAUGCCAAGUCUCUGCGUGACCCGUCUAAGAUCAAGGCGAUGCGUCUGCAGGUCCAGAUGAGUCUAGAGGACUAUAUUAACGACCGUCAGUAUGACUCCAGAGGGAGGUUUGGAGAGCUGCUGCUACUGCUUCCUACUCUACAGUCCAUCACCUGGCAGAUGAUAGAACAACUGCAGUUUGUUAAACUCUGUGGCCUGGCCAAGAUAGACAACCUUCUGCACGAGAUGCUGCUGGGAGGUCUGGCGGCAGAGCCCGCCCACCUGCACCACCCAGGACACACCCAGUUAGCCCAGGACCCUCUGACUGGACACACACUGGUCAUCAGCACUAUGCCUGCUACACACACUACUCAGAUAGACACUCCUAUCCCGUCUCCGCCUCAGGUUGCAGAGAAGUCCUCUCCUAGCCCCUCCCUCCUCCUGGCUCCACCCCUCCCACACAGACAUACAGCCGAAUCCCCACUCUGAGUGUACAGCACCCGCCCCCACCACCGAAUAACCAAACAAACAAAACAUACUGUUUGUCCACCAUGAAUGCAGCCAAAAAAAUAGCAGAAAGCCUUUUCUAUGGGCCAAAUCCGAAUUUGAGAUCUACACCUGUAACCUCUUACAUGAAAAAACUUGAAUUUGGAUCUCAAGUUUGCAUUCUGCUCUAUGUUUGUAAAUGUGUAAAAUGCUCAAUGUUUCCUCCCCUAUUCAGUGCCAUAGGUUUUCACUCCAGUUUGGUAGUCUUGAAGUUGAAUAAUCUGUGUAGAUUGUAGCAUCUUUAUAAAUCAUUAGAUUAUUUCUAAACUCAGAGGCUCUCUCAUCGUGGUGUAAUUGUGAGUGUAUUUGAGCUUAUCCUAGGCUCAUCACUGAAUAUGGAGCAAGAGAUUUGCUAAUCAGCAUGUACUUUAUAUACAGUAUGUGUUACUCAAAGUGCACUUAUUAGUAGUGGACUGUGUCUGGAACACAUGACUGUCUGUUAAUAUUAAUGUUCACGUGUUGCGAUGUUGCUUUACAAAUACACAGACUGGAGUAUACUGUAUUUGUCAAUAAUAUAAUUAACCCUACAUUUAGUUCCUAAUCAACUUUUCAGUGUCUUUCAGUCUUUUGAGAUUACUGUUAUAAUAUGAAACGAUAUGAAAAUGUUCAAAUGUAAAUUCAAUUGUUUGUAUGUCAGAACUAUUAUAUUGACCUUCUAAACUGUCAAAUAGUGUAUACAAAUUAGACAAUGUAAGCUAUAUUUUGUAACUGUAUAUUCUGAUAAACACAGAACACUAUUUUCAAUGAAUUGUAACCUAAGCUACACGUUGCAUUUUGUACGCUCUUGCAUGAACAUGGACAUGAUAAAAUAAAAUGAUAAAAUGCA